GGGCGAGAAGAUGGCGGCGGCGGGGGAAGCAGCGUGAGCGGCCGGGCCGCGCCGAGUCCCAUUCAAACGGGCCGCCAUGGCCCUCCGCAGCCCGCAGUAUAUUUUUGGAGACUUUAGUCCUGACGAAUUCAAUCAGUUCUUCGUGACUCCUCGCUCUUCAGUGGAGCUUCCGCCCUAUGGUGGGACAGUGCUGUGUGGCAGCCGGGCUGCGGAUGAACCACCUGAUGGACAAGACUUUCAGAGAAUUGAGUUUGGCGUCAACGAGGUCAUGGAGCCCGGUGGUUCUGUGCCAAGAGCCCCCAGCUGCAGCAUCGCGAGCACACUGAACCCUCAGGCUCCCGAGUUCAUUCUCGGGUGUCCGGCUUCCAGCAAGAGCCCCGAGGACACAGACAAGGAGGUUAGCUACAGCACUGCCGGCUGCCCAUCCCUGGAUCCUGCCCUGGCUCGCGGUCCUCAGCUGGAGGCAGAUGCUUGGGAAAACGAUGGUGGCCCUGGCGGUCUUGGACAGAGGGAGCGCAAAAAGAAGAAGAAACGGCCUCCUGGAUACUACAGUUACUUGAAAGAUGGUGGUGAGGCUGGUGUUUCCACCGGAGCCCUACUCAACGGCCACGCCGACUCCACGCUCCCAGACAGCGUGGGCCCAGAGGAUGCUGAAUUUAUGGGCGAGAUGCUCCCACCGCUCACGGCCAGGACUUGUCCCAGCCCUCAGAACUCCACAGACUGUGUCGGUGACACUGUGCCAGGCGGCCCUUUCCUUGGGGUGCUGGGCGGCGACACCAGGACUGCAGGGCAGCCCGAAGGGCACCAGGGGACUGCUUGUGAACAGUCGUGCCUGCCUGUGGAGGCUGGCAGAGACAGCCUUGGAAGGACAGCGGGGGGUCAGCCCUAUCCUGGUACUGAAGCUACUGAAAAUAGACAAAUACUUGAAUCGCUGGGGGAAGGCCCAGCUGCCAACGGGCUGGAGGUGCACGCUGGCGGGGACAUGGACUCAGACGCAGCCACGGCCGAGAGCUCUUGUCCCUCUGCCGACUGUGCUGUGUCUGUGGCGGGCGCCACUGCUGCCAGCCAGCCCGCCAAGUCCUGGGCCAGUCUCUUCCGUGACUCUAAGCCCUCUCCCUCCUCGCCUGUGGCCUAUGUGGAAGCCAAGUAUUCCCCGCCUGCCACGUCCCCGCCGGUCUCUGAAAAGCAGGUUGAAGUCCAAGAAGGACUUGUUCCAGUGUCAGAGGAUCCUGUAGCCAUGCAAAUUGCAGAGUUACUGGAGAAUGUAACCCUGAUCCAUAAACCAGUGUCGCUGCAACCUCGUGGGCUGAUCAAUAAAGGAAAUUGGUGCUACAUCAACGCUACACUGCAGGCCCUGGUCGCUUGCCCCCCAAUGUACCACCUGAUGAAGUUCAUUCCCCUGUACUCGAAGACACAGAGGCCCUGCACGUCCACCCCCAUGAUAGACAGCUUUGUUCGGCUGAUGAACGAGUUUACCAACAUGCCAGUCCCUCCAAAGCCCCGGCAAGCUCUUGGGGAGAGGAUGGUGCGGGAUCUGCGCCCCGGCGCUGCCUUCGAGCCCACCUACAUCUACCGACUCCUCACCGUGCUCAAGUCCAGCCUGUCGGGCAAGGGCCGGCAGGAGGACGCUGAGGAGUACCUGGGCUUCAUCCUGAACGGGCUGCACGAGGAGAUGCUGAGCCUGAAGAAGCUCCUGGCGGCGCACAGUGAGAAACUGGCCGUUCCCAACGGGCCCAAAAGCCAGCCUGUGAACCAGGAGCAGGAGGACGAAGGCGAAGGGAGUGAGGAGGAGUGGGAACAAGUGGGCCCCAGGAACAAGACGUCCGUCACCCGCCAGGCUGACUUCGUGCAGACCCCCAUCACGGGCAUCUUCGGUGGCCACAUCAGGUCUGUGGUCUACCAACAGAGCUCCAAAGAGUCCGCCACUCUGCAGCCAUUCUUCACGCUGCAGCUGGAUAUCCAGUCCGAUAGGAUCCGCACGGUCCAGGACGCGCUGGAGAGCUUGGUGGCGAGAGAGUCGGUGCAGGGUUACACCACCAAGACCAGGCAGGAGGUUGAGAUAAGCCGGAGGGUGACCCUGGAAAAGCUACCUCCUGUCCUCGUGCUGCACCUGAAGCGAUUUGUGUAUGAGAAGACGGGUGGGUGCCAGAAACUUAUCAAGAAUAUUGACUACCCUGUGGACUUGGAGAUCAGUAAAGAACUGCUUUCUCCAGGAGUUAAAAAUAAGAAUUUUAAAUGCCACAGAACCUACAGGCUGUUUGCAGUGGUCUACCAUCACGGCAACAGCGCGACGGGCGGUCAUUACACCACCGACGUCUUCCAGAUCGGGCUCAACGGCUGGCUGCGCAUCGAUGACCAGGUGGUCAAGGUGGUUAACCAGUACCAGGUGGUGAAGCCAGCCGCCGAGCGCACGGCCUACCUCCUGUACUACCGCCGUGUGGACCUGCUCUAGCCUGGGCUCGCUGUGUGUGUCCGACGCCCGCUUCGUAGAACACCAGUUCUCACCAGCUGCCUGCCUCCCGUUAGUGGCUCUCUAAGGGAAACUCCGCUCCUUGGCAGGAUUGGGCUGGGAAGCAGGGGAGACGCCGCGGGGUUUGCACAGCGUAGUUGGUGUUGACUUCCCAAUCAGAAUCAUUUGGUCCAAACAGAGUGCGCUUGGUUUCAGAAUACACACGAACACCCAUAUUUCCCAGAUAAUGCUGAUUCCUGAGAGAGGGGGCACUGGCGUUGGACCCCGGUCUCAUUGCUUACAGUGAGUCCCGCACCAGCAGCAACACUUGUAAAUUUGUGAAAAUGAAUUUUAUCUUUCCUUAAAAAAUAAAUUUUUUAAUCCAUCACACUCUCCUCCCCUCACCCUUUAGUUUUUGAUAAAUGGUAAAAAUGAGCCAGUUUUCAGAGGAGAAAUAGUUCUUCCUUCAGAAGACAUACACAGAAAGAAGUUGCUGGUUCCUAACAGGAAAAGUACGUUUUAAUAAUUGUGUGACAAGAAGCUGCUUCCGUACUCCCUGCAGACCCCGUCUGGUUCCGGUGUUAGUCUGCGUAGGUGGGUCACUGUGACUGCUGCAUUCAGAGAUCUCCAGUUGCAUUCAUGCUUCUGUGUACACGUGUGAAAAGUGGGCAAACUCCUGACGAUGGGCGCCCUCGCGUCCGCUCCGUCACUCCUGCUGUCUCCGUAACGCUGCGUCCCUACUGUACACAGUUCUGUGACCUCUGCCACUGAAGUUGUCACCCGUCAAUAAAAGUCACAACGGUGUUCUCA